AUGGUAUUUCCGCCGCUACUGUUGCUGCUUCUGUCUCUAAGAACUAUGGCCUUGGCUGAUCGAGUGUUGCCAUUUCCCAUUUUCUCCCGCUCAAUUUCAGCAUCGGAGCCCUCUAAGAAAGCAGCCUCUCCGCUUGCUAAACCAUUGAUCGGGGAUGACAGGCGGGUAUAUAUAUGCUCGGAGAAGAACUUCUUUGCCUUUGAGAACAAUGGUUCGAUAGCUUGGACAAUAAACCUUAAUUAUACGUGUAAUACGAAUAUAGCUCCAGUUCAAGGUGGUUCAAGCAAGAUAUAUUUGGUUGCGGAAAAUAGAGUUCUUAAAGUCAACCCUUUUAAUGUUGGAACUUCUGAAUCUGCUGUUGAGGAGUUCUUUGGCCCUGAACCUGAAGAAAUUAUUGGUCUUGAUGUUAGUGUUUCGAGUUCAUGCGUAAUCAUCAAUGUUCGCAACAGAGGUCUGUUUGCAUAUAGGUUGUAUGGGCAAAUGAUCUGGAGUGCAGGGCCUCUUAUUUAUCAACAUGGAUAUCGUCAAGGGUGUAAGAAUAAUGUUACUGAUUGUUCUUUCUCGUCAAGCCCUGUAAUUGAUCACUGUGAAGCUAGUAUAUAUGUCUCAAACAACCAGGGGGAGUUGUAUUCAUUAUCUGUUCGUAGUCCUCAUUUUAAGUGGAUCCAAGAUCUUAGUUCAUAUGGAACCAGAUUUAGAGUAACUCCUGCAAACAAUGGUCUCUUAUAUGUUACCAUGCCUGCUCAAGCUCUACUGCUGGCACUAGAUGUUUCCACCGGACAAAUUCUCUGGCAGGGAAGCUUUGGUCCAUUAUUUUCAGAAGAUUAUGCACCAAUUGUUGAUUCAAAUGGAUGGAUAUCUCUAGGCUCACUGGAUGGCUUCCUGUACUCAUUUUCCCCGACGGGCUUUUGCAAGAAAUUUCCCGAAUCUGUUAGUCCAGAUUUUGUCAUCCAAGUUAGUCCUCUUAUUGAUUGCUCUGGAUAUGGAGUUUAUGUUUCACAGACAGAGAUGGAUGGAAAAGUUGGCCACACACUUGGAAAUCAUACUUACAUGUCAGCUUUGAAGCCAAAGAGGGUCCUGUUUGUCAUGAUUAUUCCAGCUACUGGUGCAGUAUACUGGUCUGAAAGUUAUCCUCCAGGUCAAUUUUCACAGAAUCUCUCGCUGAGUGACCUGCAACAUUUCAAACUGGAUGAGAGUACACUUCUAGCUUUCAUGGUUUCUUCAAGUAUUGGAAGUCCAUUCUCCUGUCGCUCUACACGUCAGAAGUUAGCCUCCAGCUGCUCACAAACUAGUGCCAAGUAUAUUAGCAUCUAUACAGGCAAUGAGAAGACGAUUCUAUUAUUUUUGUUAUUCGAGACUACAGUAUUGAUUACUCUAGCAGCACUUGUACGAUUCUGCUGUAUAUUUUGGAAGAAGAAUAAGCUUCAAAUUCAUGGCCUAGGAAAAUUUCUUGAAAAGAGACAUUCCCUCCGGCUCCAGAAGAAGGCAUUUGAUAGGACUAUAACAGAACUUGAGCAAAAAUCAGCGGAGGAAGCAGUGGCAAAUGAGGUGCUGGAAAAACUGGGUGUUCUAGUAAAGGAAAGAGAAGGUAUCCAAAGGAAGCUCUCGACAUCAUACAGUUUGGGAAGGGAUGGAGCCGGCUUGCGACCUAAAUCAUCCCUCCUGCCACUGUACAAUGGGAAGAGAAGAAGCUAUUCUUUUCAAGGUGCAAGGAAGGAGAGUGUGACUAUCUUUCAUACAUACAGUGAUACCUCAUCUUCAGAUGGUAGCAGUGAAAAUGCAACUGAUGAGGACACACAAGAUGAAGAAACAGAACUAAGCGACAAGGCGAAAGGAAAAGCGCCUAUCGAGUUUUACAGUUCUACUGACGAAGAGUUUCACGAAACACAAUUUCAGUCUUUUCAGACAAGUCCAUCUCCAUCAAGCAUCUCAGGUUCAAGUUCAAAGUGUUAUGAAAAUCCCUUAUUUAUUGAGCAUCCGUCCCACGAAAUUGUAGAAGCUGGAAAAGUAGAUGAGGGACAGAUGCAAGAAUUUGCAGAAACUGGCAGCAGGAGCAUAAGAAGGAGAACAUUGCCUUCAACUGAUUAA